UUCUUAUACAUACUCGACACACCACGACCCAAACGCGCUCAACACGUUCCGACCUUUCGACUUGCCACGACCUCGACAUCCGGCCACGGACUUUUCAAAGUGAAGCCGACACGCAACUACGGUUACCAUUACUGACUGACCAAAUCCUCGAGUUUCGACAACGUUGCAAGCUGCAAGUCAGCGUCCAUUCUUUUUCUCCUCACGGUCUUUAAAAUCCACUAUUUGGACACUUUGAACGCUGUGCGUUCUUUGAUUCCCUUCAUUUUCAACAUACACGACACAGAAGAUCUGCCGAGCCAGCCUCCGACAUGUCUUCCGUCAAGUCUUUUCUGCUCACUUCUUUGCUCGCUGGAACGAGCACAUUGGCUGGGGUACUCUAUGAACAGAAGGAUGUUACGGGUACUGUGUACUACGACCUCACAGAAACGGACACGAAUGAUAUUUGUGGUAAUAACGAUCCUUUCCCUAGCAUGUGGGCAGUCGAAUCAGGCAUCAAUGGUGGUAUCACUAAAUGCGAACAAUGGGCUGGUGAAAACGCAAAAUCUUUGGAACAGAUCGGUUCAAAUCGAAUCGUAGCCUUCAAUGCUACCAUGGUCAAUGCCGAUCCUGAUCAAUGGUGUGGUAGGAAAGUGCAGGUUUGGGAUGCCAACGGUGACUUGAUAAAUUUCUCAGAGGGAUCUUUCGUCAUUUGGGAUGGUUGCGCUGCCUGUGCCGAAGAACCUCGUCUGGACUUCUCUGCGCUGGCUUUUGUUGAUAUCAAGGGCGGGACUUGUGAUGGUAACAACCCCAGUGGGUUGACUUAUCAGGUCAUGGACGAGUAUGUUUGGGACCCUAUCAAGGCCGACGGGUCUGGCGGCGGAUCCGGAUCCUUGGGUUCAACAGGUUCUUCUGAUUCUGAUACGACCACUUCCUCAACGACUACCGCCUCACCUACCGAACAGGCGACUUCCAGUUCCACCAGUCCGACGAAUUCACCGACCCCUUCCCCUAUGUUCAAAGCCUCUUCCCCCGCUGCCGCUGUCAAAUCAGCGAUGGCCUUGUGGAACAUCGUUUCCGACAACACGACCUCUGAGACCGUCUCCGACUCAGACUCGUCUCCUGCUCCGGCCAGCACCCCUCCAGCGGCUCUUCUGUCCGCGUCUGAUGGUUCGGACUCGGAUCAAGACACAGAAGAGUCUGAUGAUUCUGAGGAAGAAUGUACCUAUGGAGUAUGGCAAUGUUCGGACCGAGAGAUCAGAGUUUGUAACUAUGUCUCUACCACGAGUCUAGGCUGGUUCACCGUUGGGCAGUGCCCGAACGCUUGUUCCAUCUCUGAGGGAGGGAACGUGGAUUGCCAAUAG